AUGAGCGCAACUUCCACACGCUCCUCUCUGCCGCACCGCUGCUUCUUCUUUUUAUUCUCGCUUUAUUGGAAAGGCAAACGCCGGGAGGCUGCUUUCAGAGCCAGACCCGGGAUGGGCUCUCUGGCGGCCCUGCGGACUGUCCUGGUCCUGGGCCUGGUGACCGGACUGGUGGGAUGCGCCCCCGGCCUGAACCGGACGGCGGACCGCUGGGAGGCCCUCUACUCCCGGUCCCUAGCGCGGAUCCCGGGGGAAAAGCGGGAGGAGAUGGGCCGGGACAGCGACUACCUCAUGGGCAUUAAAAGGUUGCGGCGCCUCUACUGCAACGUGGGGAUCGGCUUUCAUAUCCAGGUGUUACCGGACGGUAGAAUAACUGGGGUACACAACGAAAGUCGUUACAGUCUUCUGCAGAUCUCUCCAGUGGAGAGAGGAGUGGUGACUCUGCUGGGUGUUCGCAGUGGACUUUUUGUUGCCAUGAACCGUCGAGGAAAGCUGUACGGAUCUUUACACUACAACAACGAGUGUAAGUUCAGGGAGAAGCUCCUCGCCAACAACUACAACGCCUACGAGUCGGUGGCCUAUCCAAGGAUGUACAUCGGCCUUAGUAAGAACGGCAAAACAAAAAGAGGAAACCGAGUGUCACCCGCCAUGACGGUGACACAUUUCUUGCCAAGAAUCUAG